AGUUGUUUACAGGUUCAAAGCAACACCGCGAGCACCUGACGAACUAGAUCUCCCUGCCCGGCCGCCAAAAUUAUACCUCGGCCUCUGGUGAGACCUAAUGGAAGAUGUCCCACCGCCUUUGGCGGCAAACAGCGAGUCUGCGACAGGAGAGGGCGUCGGUGCCCAUCAAGGGCGCACCCAGAAUGAUGGACGACCGCUAUUGUCGCAUGGCCAAAGUCCCGCAAAUGAUCCUGCCUUCCAAGCCCAGUAUCAGCAACUCUACGGCCCAUCUCCCAAUGUAUUCUCAGGCCAACUCGACAUGUCUCACCCCCAAGGGCCUGACCGUCAGGGACCUUACAACAUGACUGCGAUGGCCAGCGCACUUCCCCAGCCUGGAUACAGACCUAGCUAUAAUCCGGGACAGUUACAGCAACGAUUCAACGCCGGUCAAUCGUCUAAUAUGAUUCCUCCUAUACAACAAGUAGCGCAGUUCGCUGGCCCUCCGAAUAUGGCCCAACUAGGAGGUCAGCCCUACUAUGUUGCCCAACAUCCGCAGUUGGCGCCGUAUUACAAUGCCCAUUUAUCGUCGUCGCAGCAACAACACCAGACAUCCCAACAACCGAGCCUAUCCCCACGACAUAGCCUAAGCUACUAUUCGAACCCAGUUAUGAUGAAUCAGUCUCAACAUGCUCUUCCCGCUGGCUAUUAUUAUCCUACGUCGAACCAAUAUACGUCUCCACAUUCUGCUCUUCAUGGCCAGGUGGCACCAGGACAGUAUUUCUUGGCAGACGGCACGUCGAGUGAUCCGCGAGGGCAGUCACCAUUGCACAGGAACUAUCAAGCAGGCGUAAUUAUAAAUUCUGCUCGGGGAGAUAUGUCUCCAGAGGCGCGGUCCAACAUCGUCCGAGGACCUCCAAGGAAGCCUCGACAGAGCGGUCAUGCCAUCUGGAUAGGGAAUCUACCUCCACAGACCGAUUUAAUGAGCCUGGUACAUCACGUUUGCAAAGAAGCGAUAGGGCUGGAGUCACUCUUCCUUAUCUCGAAGAGUAAUUGUGCCUUUGCCAAUUUUAAAGAUGAGCAAAGCUGUGUUGCAGCUCAGCAAAAGCUUCACGAUUCGAAAUUCCAGUCAGUACGACUGGUUAGCCGGCUACGAAAGAGCACAGUCGAAGGAGCUGGUGGGCAGACGGCUCCUACGGGACCAGCAGCAACUUCUCCAAGCGGAAAAAAUACAUCUACUGGGACUAUAAAGAGCUUACAGGACAAUCUUCCAGAACCUACAACUUCGGUAACUGAUACGCAACCAGAGCAGAGAAACGCGCUUAAUAGUGACGCCAGUGCACAAAGAGACAAGUUUUUUAUACUUAAAAGUCUCACAGUGGAAGAUUUGGAACUGAGUGUUCGGACAGGCUUGUGGGCAACCCAAUCCCAUAAUGAAGAAAUAUUAAAUAAUGCUUUUAAAGGUUACAAACAGGCAGUUGAUAAUGUUUAUUUGGUGUUCUCUGCAAACAAGUCAGGGGAAUAUUUCGGUUAUGCCAGGAUGACCUCGCCCAUCAAUGAUGAUCCAGCGGCCGCUAUUGAGUUUGCGCCUAAGGCACAGACUACGAGCAAUCUAGAUCUUCCUAAAGCUAUCCCAACUGAAGCUACAGACACUUGCCCGAGAGGACGAAUCAUCGACGACUCGGCUCGAGGGACAAUAUUUUGGGAGAUAGAACGAGAAGAUGUGGACGCAAUCGUCGACGGGGAAGAUUCCGAAGACUCGGCUAGUGCGAGGAGUGGCCAAGAUGGCGAAGGGGGGCCUAGCAAGGCAUGGGGCAAGCCCUUCAAUCUUGAAUGGCUAUCGACUACGAGAUUACCGUUCUACCGAACACGCGGGCUACGAAAUCCCUGGAACUCUAACAGGGAGGUUAAAAUCGCAAGAGACGGCACGGAGCUAGAGCCGACAGUUGGUAGGAGGCUAAUUGGGUUGUUUAACCGUAUCCAGAGCCCUGCAUCUAUACCCAUGGGCGCACGACCGGGUAUGCCGAUGGUUGCAGGAUAUCCGCCGCCGACUAUGCCUCCCCCUUACCGAUGACGACAGCGAGUCCCAUUGCGAUGGGCGCGCGCCACGAAAUUCAAAAGAGGUGGCAAAAGGUCGAGCUAGUCUCGGCUAGCUAUGCUGAGCGUAGCAAACGAAGCGGGAAAAAAAGGAAGUGAUGCUGGUCUACACCCACAUCAUGUUGUUGUAUAUACAGGUCUCGACGAAAAAGUGGCACCUCAUGGCAUCGUACUAUAGAUAGCGCCCCACAGCAAGCCGACGAUUGCAGUGUUCUAGUGUAUGCUCUAUAGUAUUACGUAUAAUGAAGGAGAAACACGAUGGAAACGCCAUUUGCAUAAGCAUCGUC